GGCAUUGGAACCUGCAUCUCAACAUCGUCUUGCGCCGGAACAAGUGUACCAGGUUACUGCCCCGGAGCAGAUAAUAUCCAAUGCUGUGUUCGAACAUGCAAAACUCCGUUAGGUUCUGGCUUUUGUGACAAAACAUCCAACGCCUGCACGGGGGGAGCAUAUAUAGCAGGAUACUGUCCAGGAGCGUACAAUAUCCAAUGCUGCGUC